UUGCGUCAUUACGCAUUUCCUGUUCUCUACGCACUAACCCCCCCCUUCACCCCCUCUUCUCCUCACCGUCGCGCCGUGAAGUGGAUGUUUUGGUGGAAAAAAAAAUACGAGCUCGGAGAAAAAAGGGACGUAAACACGUUUAAAAACAUGACAUCUCGAUCGAGUGGGACCUAAAGCGGCGUAGCUGGGGGAAAGAGGGGGCGUCUUCAGGCGGAGGUUUUUUUGUUUUGUUAUCGUGUGCGUCGUAUUUCUUCCGCAUGUCCGCUUUCUUCGUAGAUGGUCUCCGGCGAGUGUUGUCUGGCGGCGGACGACGAGUUCUCGACGUGUAAUAUGAAGGAGAUGAUCGGAGGUUGCUGUGUUUGUUCCGACGAGCGAGGCUGGGCGGAGAACCCGCUGGUCUACUGCGACGGGCACGGCUGCAAUGUGGCCGUGCACCAAGCCUGCUAUGGCAUCGUGCAGGUGCCCACUGGUCCUUGGUUCUGCAGAAAAUGUGAAUCUCAGGAGAGAGCAGCCCGCGUGAGAUGUGAGCUGUGUCCCCACAAAGAUGGAGCCCUCAAGAGGACAGACAACGGAGGCUGGGCCCAUGUAGUUUGUGCCCUUUACAUACCUGAGGUAGAAUUCGCCAACGUCUCGACUAUGGAGCCCAUAGUACUCCAGUCUGUGCCACAUGAGCGCUACAACAAGACAUGUUAUAUUUGCGAGGACCAGGGCAGAGAGAGUAAAGCAGCCACUGGAGCCUGUAUGACCUGCAACAAACAUGGCUGCAGGCAGGCCUUCCAUGUCACAUGCGCCCAGUUUGCGGGGUUGUUAUGUGAGGAGCAAGGAUCGGACGCAGACAAUGUCAAGUACUGUGGAUAUUGCAAAUACCACCACAGCAAAUUGCGAAGGAGCAGGGGCCGUGGUAGUAGGUCUCAAAGCUUAAGUGACUCUUCCACUCAGUGUAUGGAUAGACCCCCAGACGAGGACAAGAAGAAACACAAGGAGCGGGACAGGCAUAAACCGAAACACAAGAAGACAAUGGACAUGUCGCCCUCCCUCGUCCUUCCAAACAUCAUGGUCCCAGACAAGACCUACAACAACAGCAGCAGCUCAGGGGGAGGUGUCACCUCACUGCCGGCGCCGUCCCAGAAGCGUCUGGAUGACGGCACCGCCCGUUUCACCACCGCCAACUUUCAAGAAGUGUCGUCCACUCACUCCGGCGGAAGUUCCAAAGACGGCUUGGCUGCAGACACUGGGAAGGCCGCCUCCGAGGUAAAGAACAAGAAGAACAGCGGCGGAAGUCAUGCGGUGGGACAGAGGGGCGGCCGCAAGUCUCUCACCUCCUCAGGGAAACCCCUCCCCUCCGCCGUGGUCACUAUGGCAACCUCCUCCACAUCUGCCUCUGCUUCCACUGGGCCUUUCCACCAAGGCCUCCUGUUGACCAGUGCCAGCAAACCGCCCUCUGCUCCUUCCUCCUCCGACUUCCUAAGCUUCUCCGAUCGUACUGGGGGUGGAACUACAUUCUCCUCUCCGCCAUCUUUCAGCAGCUGCCUUGUGAAGCCUAGUUCGGAGGGCGGAGCAUCCGAGGGAACUACGACACUGUUUGGUUCUCUGAUGUCCGCUACGACGGCCUCUGCAGUGGGCGGGAAGCUGUAUGAGAAUUCCCACAGUCACACAACUAGCGAGACGACAAGCCUCGGUGGGUCCGCUGGCUACAAACGGCCCCAACCCACCAGCUCUGGCCCGGGGAUUGCGGCAGCGGCAGGAGGAGGGGAAGAUGGGGUGAAGAAGAAAAAGAAGGGCAACUGGCGAAACAGAUUUGGACCUUGCUUCACUACGGAUGUGAAGCCUUCAGAGCCAGCUCCCUCCCUGACUCUCCCCACCUCCUCCACGGCCAACACCGCCUCCUCCACCGCCUCCCCGUCCUCCUCUUCAUCCUCGACGCUCUCAGGCCGGCCAGGCUUAGUUUCCAGCAGUGGAUUAGGAGUUGGAGUGGGGGGAGGAGGAGGAGGAGGAGGUGGUGGUGGUGGUGGAGGAGUAGGAGGAGGAGGAGGAGAAAGGGGGUUGGGCGUUCUGGGUGUCAGCGGUGGGAAUCAGAAGUCCCCGGCACUCCUCAGGAAUGGGAGUCUGCAAAGCAACAGCGGCUCCGCAACCACUGGACCAGGUGUUUUCUCUGGUGCAGAUGGGUCAUCGUCGGGGACAGGAGCUGUCGCUGUGGGUGGGGCCAACUCUGAGUUGUCACAGCAACAGCAGCCCACGCCUUCACUAGCGCCCCCCUCUCCAUUCACUGCCACCGCACCGCUAACCAGCACAGCCGCCACACACGUGAGCGGUCUGCCAGGGUCCGUCUUCAACCUCGCUCCCUCCCACAUGUUUGGUAACAGACUGAACCCCAACUCAGCCAUGGCGGCACGUAUCGCCCAGUCCGAGGCCUCGCCAGCAGAUCAGGAGGUGGUAGACGGCAGCAGCGGCGUCGGAGCUCAGGGCUUCUCCAUAAGAGCUUCUCCCAAGACCACCCCACGCUCUCCCAUUGGUGGCUUGCAGAUCCGCUAUGACUCCUCGGGGUCGUUGCCGGGGCCGGGGUUGCUAGGGGCGGGGGGAGGCGGAGGGGACACGAUGCCCCCGGUGGCCACCAGCAUAGAGCAGCUCCUGGAGAGGCAGUGGAACGAGGGGCAGAGCUUCCUGCUGCAGCAGGGAGCACAGGGAGACGUGGUGGGCAUGUUAAAGUCCCUCCACCAGCUGCAGGAGGAGAACAGGAGGCUGGAGGAGCAGAUUAAAACUCUGACCAUGAAGAAAGAGAGACUGCAGCUACUCAGCGCUCAGCUAUCAGUGCCUUUCACCCCCAGCACGGCCUCCUCUGGUACACACACACACAAAUAUGUGAAAGGAGCUCAUUUGGGAGCCACUGAUUCAUCUUUACCUAUGGCAGCUCAGGACAGUGCGUCAUGUGGUGGCCACAGCAGUAGCGGCUCCACCUCGUCUCUCUCCACCCCUCCCUCCGUCUCCCAGAGCCCGCCCCAGCCUCAGCUGAACGGCAUCGCUGCCGUGGGAACCACCCCAGCCGGGCUUGGCGGUGUGGCAGGGCUGAUGGGAGCUCUGGGCGCAGGGAGCGCCCUGGGCAUGGGGGGAAUUGUCGGGGCGCUGAACGGGGUGAUCCAGACGCCGGGCGGCACCGCCAGCCCUCACACACACACUACAGGAGCAGCUACGGGCGUCACAUUACCUGUUAAUAAUAGCAGCUCAGCAGCUAGUAAGAACAGCGCUGCACGUUUCGGCCUGCUGUCUGAGCAGCAAAGACUCCUGCAGCAGCAUCAGCUCCAGCAGCUGCUGUCCUCACAGCCUUCAGCGGAGCACCAGCAGGUGCUGCUCUACCAACUGAUGCAGCAGCAGCAGGACCUUCAGCAGCUGCAGUCCCUCUCCUCCUCUGCCCAGAUUCCCUCUAUCCCUCUCUCCUCCGCUCAGCUGCCCAUCAACAACCUGCUGCCCGGCGCCCAGAGCCAGGGCCAAGGCGCCAUCACCGCCAACCCCUUCCUGGCGCUGCAGCACGCACAUGCUGACACACACGCCUCGGGGGCACAGAAGCCGCGGCUAGCUGAGAAGGCCGUGGGCGUCGCAGGGCAGGAGAAGACAUGACGGCAGAUGCUCUUUUUGUUGUUGUUGAUUUUUUUUUUUUUAAAUAAAUAAAUAUGCAGAGUUUUCUGGAGAUCUGCCUGUUGGUCAACUUUGUAGUUCAGCGAGGAGAACAUUGGCAGCAGAGAAAUCCGUGCUCCUGGUAGAUUAUUCUUACCAGUUGUCUCUUCUAAUACAUUAGCACACACUGUGGCGAGUGAUGGCAUUCAUUUGCAGUCACUAACUCACUCUAGUUGACUUUUCCAGGUUUAUUUUUAUUUUUAGUCUUAACACGACAUUUUGUGUUGAUUUGUACAAUUUUUUUUUCCAUCCAGUUUUUUUUUUUCAUUCUAGCUUUAGGGCUGCUUCAGGUUCUUAUUUUGUUACUGUUGAGAUGAUGAUUUUCAUUUAAUAUCACUGGUAUUGGCUUAGUGUGUUAGUGUCAGUAAUUAAGCACAGUGUGUCCGUUCUCUUCUCUCAGCAGGUGAGUUGUCUAACAGGUCGGCUUUUCCUUUAAUUAGUGUCUCACUAUUUUCUUCUCUAAUCUCACCAUUCUGCUGCUUCUUCUUCACUUUUUUUCCCCCUCUGUCUUGUCAUUGUGUCACGUGUUUGUUUUUUUUGCAUCAUUUCCUCUCUUCUUUCCACAUUUCCCCAACACUCGCAUCCCCAUCUUCGGUCUGGUCUCUCUGCUGUCUCACUCUCUCAGGGGCUUCAGCUUUUAGAGUUGUGCACUCGGCACACAAGCUUGCACACACACAGAAACUGCAAACAGUAAAAGAGAAAAAUAACAGAAAUACAUGUUUAUAAAAAAAAAAUAGGAAAAAAAAGAAACUACCACAGGACUUAACAGUAGCAGAUGUAUGUUUGACAUCUGUCUCGCAGCGGUCCCGAGGGGAAUACUGGGUGAGAGGCUUGUGAAAAUAUCCCACAUGUUCUCGCUGUCGCCUCUCUCCCCGUGUCUCUUUCACUCCGUUUGUGUAGAUCCAUUAAUGUCAGUGAGCCAAGCCUCGUACAGUCACCGCAGAAGCCUUGCUUUUGACUGUCUCUUCUCUGGGCCAGAUACAGGGGGCUCACUCAGGGAAGUGAAAUGUAACAAGGAGGAGGAGGAGGGAAAAAAGGAAGUUGACUAUUCAGAGGGAUGCAUUAAUCCACAGUGCACAGACUCACAAAGAGAAAUUAUGCAGUUGGUCGUCAACAAGUGGAAGUCAUUACAUUUCAUCUUCCUGAUUGAGCCCCCUGCUGCACCUACCUCUCAAGCAGGACCAGCCUAUCAGGACCUAAAAGGCCAACAGCAGCGGCCGCUUAAAAACCCACAACAGUCAGGACUGGCCAAUCAGGGUCCAAACCCAAGUGCCUGAGGCCAAGGGGGGGGGGAGGCGGGAUUUCUUUUUCCUUUUUACCUGUGUCCCUGUCACUCAACUCAGUUGUUCACAACGCUACUGGUAAUUAAGCUGCGUUGCUAAGGCAACAGAUUACAAAAAGACUUGGUAAUGGACGCGUCGUCUCUUUAAUAAAACCAGGAAAUGUUAUUCUGCUGCAAUUCUCUAAUAUCAAAGCCAACUUUGUAUUGUGCUUUUUAUUUAUUGGGAGUUUGUUUGUGUUAAUGGGCAUAAGAUGAUAUAUUUUAAAAGCCUGCUGGUGUUGCAAUUUAACAUCAUUUUGUACUACUGUGUAAAGUUUUGUUUGUCUUUUGUUUUGUUUUGUUUUGUUUUUCUCAUACAGUCGAGUCUUGCUGUAAACCCUUUUAAUGACUUCUAUUCUGUGUUGUGUUUGAAAGCUAGAAGCUACUUGAUAGUUGGCUGACUGGGGAGGAGGGGGGGGUGGCUGUAUAUAGCUGUUUGUAGGGGGGAGGAAGUGUGUCAGUGGGGUGUUGAGUGGCACAGUUUUUACCUCGUUAAGUGUACAUAGACCUUUCUCAUUGGCCGUUGGUGUACAUAAGUGAUUGUGAUUGGCCGUGCUGGUGUGAAGGAAAGCCAAUGAAGCCUCAGUUUGUGUGUGUGUGAAUCUUUAGGACCAGACAAAAAGGUUGACAGUGACUGGACACACAAAGUAUUAAUUUAUUUUUAUAUGUUCAGGGACAUUGUGUUUCUUUUUUAAGUUUUGCACCAUUUUUCUUGAUGAGAAGUCAUUUUAUACUUGGGGGCACCGUGUUUUCAUCUGUGCGCACAUUUGUUUGGAUCAAUUUUUUACAAGUGGAACAUAACUGGGGGGGAAAUUUGACAUUGUAUUUCAAAAACACCAAAAUAAAGAAACACUAUGGAUAAAGUAAA